CCCAUUUGUGUAUACACGCUUGCGCAAAUCAAUGUUAUGAUAUUUAACAGUUAUCAACAUGUCUGCCUCCUUGGUGCGAGCGACAGUCCGGGCGGUCAAUAAAAGAAAGAUUUUACCAACAAGAACCGCUUUAACACUGACUCCCGCAGCUGUGAGCAAAAUCAGAUUGCUGCUGCAGGAAAAACCAGAAUACAUUGGUUUGAAGGUGGGAGUGAGAACACGCGGCUGUAAUGGUCUGACUUACACUCUGGAAUACACAAUGGACAAAGAGAAAUCGGAUGAGGAAGUCCUACAAGAUGGUGUAAGAGUGUUUAUAGAGAAGAAGGCUCAGCUCACCCUUCUGGGAACUGAGAUGGACUUUGUGGAGUCAAAGCUGUCCAGUGAAUUUAUCUUCAACAACCCUAACAUCAAGGGCACUUGUGGCUGCGGAGAAAGCUUCAACAUCUGAGCGUCAUCGAGCCGCCAUCCCUCCCCGUUCCUCUCACUGGCUCGGAAACCCCGACUUUCUCUAAAGACAUAGACUGCUGACGAGGAUGUUUGGUGUGAGGAAAUCUUUGAGAUGUGGACACCCCUCAUUUCCUGCCGCUUCUUUUCCUGCAAACCAUUCACACAUUCGUACCAGAUCAAUCUAGCUAUGUAUUUUAGUGUUCCCUAGAAGAUUUCAGCAGGAUUUGUAGUCAAAGCCAGAAAUAAUUUUAGGUUGAAGUUCCUCUUGUGUUGAAAACCUUUCUCUGCAUUCUCAGUUCUGUGUUUGAGAAAACAUUAGGAUCCAGAAGCAAGACGUUUUUAGUGUUUUUACACAUUAUAUUUUCAGUCAAAUCUAAGAUAACUGCAGGAGAAAAAUAGUGCAAGGAGGUGUUAAUUAAAUCAGAGAGCCGGAGAGGUUUUGGUCAUUAAACCUAUUAGGAUGUAUGAUAGUAGUAAGAAUCCCAUUUCCACUGAUGUCCAGACAGGACAAACCAACAUGAGCACUCUAAGGCAGUGUCCUGUUCUCCAGUGUAAUCUGUGGAAUAACUGGAUGAGCUCAAGUGUCUUGAAGCUGUUUUAUCAGUUUGUAACAUUGCUAAAUAUAUAUUUAUCGGUGUGUAAAUAGAAAAGAAACAUGUAAAUUCCUUGAACAAGAAACACGCACAAAAACAAAUGCACAAAACAUGUAUCCCUCAUGUAAGAGUACACAAGGUUUCUGAUAGUUUGUUUUAGCCUGAUCAGAGGCAAGAUUGUUUAUGUUGACUGUGUGCUCUUAGAAAUCAUUAACCUGUGCAAUAUGUCUGUACAUAAAAAUAAUAAAAGGCAAAAUUCA